AUGACCUAUACCAGCUUGCCUAAGGGCAUCUCCCCGCCUUUGGCGGAGAAUAAUGCCCAUAACCAUGCCGGGCUGAUCAUCAUCUUCGCAAGCGUGUGUCUUUUCCUGGUCCUCAGCUCACUGGCCAUGCGCGUCUACGCAACGACGCAGCGGUCGAUGGCAUUGAGCGACGACUAUCUUCUCGGGGUCGCAGUGGCAGUCGCCAUCGCGCAAAUAAGUGUCGUUCUCUACCAAACGCACCUAGGCUGGGGAAAGAGCUCCGAACUCCUCGACCAAUCCAGCACAGAGAGAAUGGACAAGAGCGCAUACGCCUCCGACCUGCUCUACCUCAUGGUCCUCGGCCUGUCCAAAUGCUGCACGAGUCUUCUAUACCAACACCUGACCACUCACGCGGCUCGCUGGAUCCCACGCAGUCUUUUGGGUGUGUCCAUCAUCUGGACAAUAGUAUCAGUCAUCCUCGUCGGGAUCCGCUGCAGCAGGACCCAACCAUGGACCGACAUCAACGACAACUGCCGCAGUCUACAACCCCACUGGACAGCAACCACCGCCCUGGACAUCCUCCUCGAAAUCCUCCUAUUCAUCUACCCCAUCAGAUUAAUCUACAGCCUCCGACUCCGCCGAUCCCGCAAACUAACCGUUCUCUCCCUCCUCGGCAGCCGAGGAAUCCUCCUAAUCCCCCUAACAACCAUCCACUACCGCACCCUCCUCACCCAACUCCACUCCCCGAACCCAACCCUCCAAGCCUCCACCCCGACCAUCCUAAAAGAACUCUACCUCGCCACCAGCAUCCUCCUCCUCACUCUCUCCUCCUUCAAGAUGUUGAUCGCCGUCUACGAGGACGACGACGGCCUCGCCUAUUACACCAGUGACGGCGGCGCCCACAACAGUAAAUCCCGGCACCAGAACACGACCAGGAAUACGCGGGACGGUGGUGGUGGUGGUGGUGGCGGUGGUGGUGGUUCCCGCUCGUCAAGGCACUAUACCACGAAAAGACCCCGCGGCGGUCUGCAAGAGGGUCGGGGUUACAGUACGGAUGGCACUGGUGGGGGUGAUGGUGGUGGCGGUGGUGGUGAUACCAUCGAGGAGGAGCCGAUCCUGGGGCGCCAUGCCUGGGGCUGUCAGCAGCAGCUGGGGAUGAUGGGGAUGGGGAUCCGGAAGGACGUGCAGAUUGAGGUGACGAGUGAGGUGGUCAUUGAGUUGGAGGAGCGGGGGGUUAGCGAUGAUCAAGAUGCGAGGGAUAACGGUAGGAGGGGCGAGUUACGCGGCAGUGGGAGUGACUCGCACAAUCUGGCGGGCGAGGGUGGACAUGCUCAUCCGAAUCAUCUAGCUGGGAGGAUUGGCGGUGCGGGCGCAGCAGGGUGGAAGAGAGAUAGCAGUGGGAGGUUCUCUGAAAGGUUCGGUGGGAUUUAA